UCUUCACGUCAUAGAGCCUAUUGGGUCACGUGAUAACAGUCAUCCUAGAUGCUGUCGGUGAAUUGUUAAUCUCUAUCAUAUUACUGAAAGUUUUUUUUUUCUCUCAAAACGGAGGAAAAUGAUCGAAGAAGAAGAUGACCAAACGUUUGAUGAUGAUGCUGAAGAAGGUGGAGGAGGACCAGAUAGUGGACAGGGGAGAAGAAAAAGACUGUUUUCCAAAGAAUUAAGAUGCAUGAUGUAUGGUUUUGGAGAUGAUCAGAAUCCGUACACAGAGUCUGUGGAUAUUUUGGAAGACCUUGUUAUUGAAUUUAUUACAGAAAUGACUCACAAGGCAAUGUCAAUUGGACGUCAGGGCCGAGUGCAGGUGGAGGACAUAGUCUUCUUAAUACGAAAGGAUCCUCGGAAGUUUGCCAGAGUGAAAGAUCUACUGACUAUGAAUGAAGAACUGAAAAGAGCUAGAAAAGCCUUUGAUGAAGCAAACUAUGGGUCUUAGCAGUUGGAAUUUGUGCCUAUUCUCACGAAAAAAAUAAAAACAGCUGUCAUUGGAUACAUGUUCAUUUUUCUGAAAAGUGUUUGUGGGGCGAUAAUUCUGUAAGCAGUCUUUGUGAUGUUUACAGUAAGCUAGAAGUUAUGCAUUUUGACACAAUAACUGUUACAUUGUAUUGUGUAUAACACCACUCCAGUAACUGGAUUAUUGCAGUUCUUUCUUUUUUUUUUAAUUUCACUAUAUGAUGAAGACAUGACUGUUGUGCAGUUUUUCUGAACAAGUUCUUUUAUUGACAUGUGCUUAUGAUAUAAAUAAAGUUUGCAAUUUUUUCUCAGUUUAA